AUGAACGCCCCAGCGAAGGCAGCAGUGCGACGGGCUCGCUACGCAGCAGCAGCUCGGGUUCGACGCGAAGACCCUGCGGUGAGAGCCCGGGAGGCCGAAGCGAAGAGGGUUCACCGUCAAACAAGCCCGGAGCUGCGGGCCAGCGAAGCAGAAGAGAGGCGGGAGCGCCGUCAAGCGGACCCGGAGGUGCGUGCCAGUGAAGCGCGCCGUCAAGCCGACCUUCUGGUGAGAUGUCGCAAAGCAGAAGCAUCUCGGGCUCGACCCCAGGACCCUGCAGUGAGAGCCCGGGAGGCCGAAGCGAAGAGGGCUCACUGUCAAACAAACACGGAGCUGCGGGCCAGCGAAGCAGAAGAGAGGCGGGAGCGCCGUCAAGCGGACCCGGAGGUGCGGGCCAGUGAAGCACGCCGUCAAGCCGACCUUCUGGUGAGAUGUCGCAAAGCAGAAGCAUCUCGGGCUCGACCCCAGGACCCUGCGGUGAAAGGCCGGGAGGCCGAAGCGAAGAGGGGUCGCCGUCAAGCAAACCCGGAGGUGCUGGCCAGCGACGCGUGCCGUCAAGCGGACCCUGCGGUGAGAGGUCGCAAAGCGGAAGCAGAACGGAAGCGGCGGCAAGAGAACCGCGAGGAAGUGCGGGCGUGGGAUGCCGCGGCUAAGCGUCAAAAGCGGUCGCUACCUAAAGAUGGCGGCGCCGACGCCACACGUUCGGACACAGCUGCAAGCGGCCAGUCCAGCAUAAAGGGGCAGGUGGUUAACGUACCGAUCGACGUGGCCAAGACUGUGCAGAGCCCGCCGCGGAACGUGCCCGACGACGCCGGCUUUGACGUACACAUCAAGCGCCGGCUCGUUAACAAGCCUUCCUACAGAAAAGCUAACGUCAAGAAAUGUCACGUGCAUGCCUGGCUCAAAGAUCUCAAACAGUCACCAUAA